GUCGUCGCCGCCGCCGCCACCGCUACCGCCGCCGCCGCCGCCGCCGAGGUGACUGAGGAGAGAGGCGCCUCCUCGCUCCCGCCGCCGCCGGACUUCAAUGCCCAGUCCCCAGCUCGCCAGCGUUUUUCGUUGGAAUAUACGUUGCACAUUUAUGGCGAUUCUGAGCGUGAGGGCAGACUUCUGCCAGGCUCAGCACAGCGUUUUUGCUGACAAGUGAGCUUGGGGGUUCUAUGUGCCAUAAUUAACAUUGCCUUGAAGACUCUGGACACCGAGACUGGCCUCAGAAAUAGUUGGCUUUUUUUUUUUUUUAAUUGCAAGCAUCUUUCUUUUAAUGACUCCAGUAAAAUUAAACAUCAAGUAAACAUAAGUGGAAAGCGACCUACACUUUUAACUUGUCUCACUAGUGCCUAAAUGUAGUAAAGGCUGCUUAAGUUUUGUAUGUAGUUGGAUUUUUUUGGAGUCCGAAGGUAACCAUCUGCAGACAUUGAGGCCCCAAGUUGAUUUUUGGAUUCAAGUGGAUUCUAAGUACUUCUGCUUAUCUUGAAGAGAGAAGCUUCUUAAGGAAUAAACAAGUUGAAUAGAGAAAACACUGAUCGAUAAUAGGCAUUUUAGUGGUCUUUUUAAUGUUUUCUGCUGUGAAACAUUUCAAGAUUUAUUGAUUUUUUUUUUUUCAUUUUCCCAUCACACUCACACGCACGCUCACACUUUUUACCAUAAUGAAUCGCCCAGCCCCUGUGGAGAUCUCCUAUGAGAACAUGCGUUUUCUAAUAACUCACAACCCUACCAAUGCUACCCUCAACAAGUUCACAGAGGAACUUAAGAAGUAUGGAGUGACAACCUUGGUUCGAGUUUGUGAUGCUACAUAUGAUAAAGCUCCAGUAGAAAAAGAAGGAAUCCACGUCCUAGAUUGGCCAUUUGAUGAUGGAGCACCACCCCCUAAUCAGAUAGUAGAUGAUUGGCUAAACCUAUUAAAAACCAAAUUUCGUGAAGAGCCUGGUUGCUGUGUUGCAGUGCAUUGUGUUGCAGGAUUAGGAAGGGCACCUGUACUGGUUGCACUUGCAUUGAUUGAAUGUGGAAUGAAGUAUGAAGAUGCAGUUCAGUUUAUAAGACAAAAAAGAAGGGGAGCGUUCAAUUCCAAACAGCUGCUUUACCUGGAGAAAUAUCGACCUAAGAUGCGAUUACGCUUCAGAGAUACCAAUGGGCAUUGCUGUGUUCAAUAGAAAGAAAUGUAAAUGAGGCUGACUUGAUUGUGGCAUUUAGAGGGAACUCUUGGUACCUGGAAAUGUGAAUCUGGAAUCUUAACUGUGUCAUCAAGUAGUGAUGGAUUCAGUACUCCUCAACCACUCUCCUAAUGAUUGGGAAAAAGCAAACAAAAAAGAAAAUCCCUCUAUAAACAAUGAAUAAAAUGUUUAAGAAAAAAAAGAAAGAAAGAAAAAAGGGAUUAAUUCAGUCAAGGGUGAUUUUGCUCCUAGUGUUAGAUUUUGAAUUUCUGUCAAGAUUGAAUUAUUUAAAAACCUCCUGUCUUUUUUAACUGUUUCAAAAUAGGUCUCUAAAGAAAACCAGCAGAACAUUAGCCUGUGCAAAACCAUCUGUUUGGGGAGCACAUUCUUCCAUUAUGCUUGGCACAUAGAUCUCCCUGUUGUGAGAAUUCUUUUCUUUUCUUUCCUUUUUUUUUGGGGGGGGGAGGUUUGUAUAUUUUUCUCCUACUUUUCUUUCACCACCCCCUUUUUUUCCCCUCAUACAAGUUGUAGGUGGAAUAGGAAAAGCCCUUGUUGCUAUAGAUGUGUGUGCAGUUUGGCAGCCUUAAGCCCACCUGGGCACUUUUAGAAAAAAAGAAAAAAGAAAAAAAAAAGAGCAGUGAUAUAUAUUACAUGAUCCAGGUUGGUUUUAGUCUUUAUUGAUAGGGUAUUCACGUUAGUUUCUUUUCUUGAAAGCCCUAUU